AUGGGCGCAAUAUGUUCAGAUCAACCAAAUGAAACUGCCAACGCUAAUUACCAAUCCAAUCUCACAGUCCUGUUGAAUUCUUUAUCCUCUAAAGCUUCCCAAAACUACAGCUUCUACAACGGUAGCUUUAAUACUGGCAUCUACGGCCUCUUCCUCUGCCGAGGUGAUGUUUCUAACCAGACCUGCCAAAAUUGUCUCCAAUCUGCGAUCCCAAGAAUCAAGGAUCAUUGUGGAUCUAAAAAAAGUGCUAUCAUAUGGUACGAUCGGUGCUUGAUACGGUACUCUGAUGUUAAUUUCUUCGGAGUGGAAUCGACGUCGCCAUAUAUCAGCUGGUUCAAUGAAAAUAAUAAGACUUCUGACAUUUAUAAUCUUGACGCAAUUUCUCAAUUCUCCAAACUAAUAGCUGUUGCCGCAAGAAACGAUACUUUGUUCGCAACUGAUGUUGAUGGAUCCAAUUCCAUAAAUUCUUAUGCGUUGGUACAGUGUACAAGAGAUAUUGAUAAUGCUUCAUGCGGCCGGUGCUUAACCGACUUGAUGGAUAUUUCCAAGAAAUGUUGCCAAUCCAAAAUAGGGUGGCCUGUGUAUGGCCCAGGUUGCUAUAUGAGGUAUGAGAACUACUCUUUCACUGAGCCGACACCAUCACCCCCUCCGCUACUGCAGCCGCUACCGUCACCGCAACCGUCACCGCCUCUGCUGCUGCCACCACUACCAUCGCCACCCCAAUCUAUUCCUCCACUACCACCUCUAGAACCACAGCCACUGCCUAAUAAUGGUAAGAUUGUUAGAAAUAUUUGGUUAAAUAUUUAA